ACAGUGUGACGAUAUUUGGCAUCCAUUUUUUCUUCACCUCUAUGAUCUGACAAUUAUUUUCUCACUUUAACCUACUUGAUCAACAUAUUGAGCCAAAAAAUCCUGAAAUUCGAGUUGAAAAAUUAUACUAUUUACUACAAUAAAAAACAAAAAUAUGCUCAAUGAACUGUUUUGGAACUUGAAAAUGUAAACAUAGGAUACAAAUAAACACAUAAAAGUUGUUCAGAUUCGCCUCUAAAAAGUCCUUGGAGCUCCACACAGAAAAGAGGAGAUGUUGAGAAGUGCCUCAGCACAGAUCUUCAGGCAGGUGGUGAGACACCAGAGCACAGACGCCAGCCUCAUCCUGGAGAGAUCGAUAAACCGCGUGCAGCUGCUGGGCCGCGUGGGUCAGGACCCGGUGAUGAGACAAAUGGAGGGCCGUAACCCGGUAACCAUCUUUUCCGUAGCAACCAAUGAGAUGUGGCGGUCCGGAGACGGGGAGACGAGCGCAACAGGUGACAUCAGCCAGAAGACGACGUGGCACCGCGUGUCCGUGUUCAAACCCGGUCUGAGAGACGUAGCCUACCAGUACAUCAAGAAAGGGGCCAGGAUCCUGGUGGAGGGGAAACUGGACUACGGAGAGUACGUGGACAAGAACCAAGUGAGACGCCAGGCCACCACCGUCAUCGCAGAUAACAUCGUCUUCCUGAGCGACAACAUUCGGGACCGAACCUGAAGCUCUUUCCUCUCCGACUCCGCCCGACGACAAGACAACUUCUUUUUGUAUUCUCUUGUUUAUACAACAAAAAACCCCACUGGGGACCUGAACGCCACCAAGGAAAAGGAACUGACUCGCCCAAAGAGAAGCAGAAGGGGACAGAUUAUGAUGCGUCAUGUUUGACUCUGGCGCCCCCUGCAGGCCUCGAUGCACAAAGAAGCAGAAAGACCUCGUUUGUGUAGAUAUACGUACUAAUUAUGAAUAUCAUUGUGCUACUUGUACAUAAAGUUACAGCCCUUUUUUGUGUGUAUACUCGAGGUUUAUGUGCUCGAAUAAUGUUGGAAGUUUAAGGAAACACUGAAAAAUGCUUCACCGUUUGAAGAUUCAGUACAAUAAGUUGUAACUGCUAAAAACACUGUUCAUAGACAAAAGGUAACAGUUUUUCUUCUUUGCAUCAGUUUAAACUCAAUAAGUCAGAUUUUAUUUUCUUGUUGAGGAUGACUGUAGAUCAGAAAUCUUUCUCUAAACCCCCUAUUAUAUGUUUAUCAGAAACUAUUUGCAGCUGCAAGUCAAUAUGGCAUUUGUAGACU